AUGUUGUUUUCUUCCAUACUCUUAAUGAUACCCCAAAUUUUAUCGCAUAAAACGUCAAAAUUUGAUGAGUCAUCUUUGUCAACUGAUAUGGACAAUUUGUACUCGAAUGUCAAAGAUAUCGCAGUGCAUGACACUUAUAAUAUUAAUUCAAUCGAUGAAUCAUCUGUAAAUCGCGAUAAUAUGCCAUCAGACACUAGUAAAUUCGAGGAACUAGUCUCAAAAGCUAUUAAUAACGCCACUGAUGACAUACAUGACACAAUAGUAAAUGAACACAAAAACAUGGAAAUUAAUGAUAAAAUAUUUGCCGUUACUUUGGAUCAUUUAAAAAAGUUUUGGUUCACUGGCCAAUGCAAACGUGAUUACUCCGCUCCAUGUCCCAAAGGCUGGUCUUUGGAAAGUGAUUCUUGUUUACCACCAGAAUCUUACAAUGGAAAUUGCCGCGAAUACAAUGUUAACAGGAUCACAACAUCUAAACAAAAGGAGGAGUUUGCCUACAAAUGUAAAUCCGAUUGGCCCUGUAUUAAAAAUUUAGCCAUAAAUUACAAUACAGUGUGCCCAUAUAAUUGGGUUCACAUAGGAAACAAUUAUUGUUUAGCACCGGCAAAUUAUUCCAUGAAAUGCUCGCCAUUUAUGAAUUUCUCAACUUUCACAAAUAACGAAAAAGCUAUAUGGUCCAUGGAAUGCAACUUGCACUGGCCAACAAUGAGCAAUGCCACAACAAAUAUGGAAGUGUUGCCCAAAGACAAUUUCUUUGGUGCAUUAUCCGAUGUGGGUCACAUAAUUUAUCCACAAAACUACUAA